AUGUCACGUUCCACUCCCAUCUUGGCAUCUAUCAACUGGGCACUUGGUUUCUUAGCCGUAAAUCAAGGUUUAGAAUGUGGGGUCUAUAAUCAUAUAAUCCAUGGAGGUUAUGUCACCAUUAGUGAAAAGAAAGUGGCUCCUAUUGGCCUUGUGGGAUUGUCUACCCUAACAAAGAAAACCAAAAAUGAGUGUUGCUUUACAUUACAACAUUGGAAACAAGGCUUGCCUCAUCAGAUCCCUCUGAUGAAGCAUAACUGGCACAAAGCAACCUUUAUAUACAUCUCUUCGUCCAUCCAAGACAGAAACAUGGUUGGUCCUGAAUUAGCCAAUAACACUAAAGAUCUCAAAUGGGCUGUCCAAUCAGAAUCCAAGUUGCUGAGAGAUAAAGUAAUGGACUGA